AUGACCCCAAUUCCUACCGACUGGGCAUUGCACACCACAUGCAUUGCUGCUGACUUUGUUCACCGGCUCUUCACUUGCCAUGUUGGCGAUCGGCAACCAUCGGUGUUGCCUCCAUUGGCACUGGAUGUGCCGACCAUGCUCGCUUGUCAGCAGUUAGCCCAAGUGCUCACUGAUGCGUAUGCAAACCCGAUUCAGCUUGAUCUUGACAUGAUUCGGUACAAUGAAGCCCUCGACAAACGGUCCACAGGGAGGAACACAAAACAUGAAGAUGCUCUACUCCAAAAAUUUCCUUGUAGUUCCCAACAAUUGUUGGAGAAGCCCUCGGUGUUCAUGGAUUCCGGGGGACGUAUCAUCUUAUGGUACCUUCCGGACGCCAUUAGCCCAUGGAUUCAAGUAAGGCUAUGUAUUGUCACCUGUGGGUCAACCAUUUACACCAACCCCACAGGCCGAGAUGGAAGCAGCCACGGUCGGGAUGGGCUACCUCCUGAAAACAAGCAUCACCAGUGGACAAGAGUCCAACUGGAGAACAUUCUCUGGUCAUUUUCACAUGAGCAAUUGCCACCUGCUAACCCCAGGAUGCAUCAACAUAGCCCCUUGCUGGUUCCAGCAAGGCUGAGAGGUAUGACAUGCUUCUUCAUGCGCAAUGCCGACACUCACUCAGAAGUGUCAGCCUUAUGGUUUCCCCCACACCAGUGGUUUCACCCUGGAGGUGUCGGCUACGCUGAAGGGGGAAGGUGGUCCAAAGGUCAUAAUAUCAAUGCAGUGAUCAGCACUCCUGGCCUGGGCAGCUCUUCGGGUGAUGCACCCAGAGUUGUAUUGGGCUUUGGUCACCACACAGAUGAAACUCGCUUGAUGGGCUAUGGAAAAUGA